CCCUAUACAGUAACGACAUUUACGAUCAGUUCAUUUUUUAUCAUUUCAACACCGCAGCAGUUUUGCCCAAAAUGCGUAUUACUCUUUCCAGGUUGGCCAGCUUUACUCCAAAACUAAAGGAGUUGCGGAUCAUACUUGGAAGCGGAGAUGCUUCCAAGGGAGCCAGGGAGUUCGUCCAAAGAUUCUAUCCGAAUCUGAAGAAAAACAAUCCCGACCUGCCGAUCCUGGUGCGCGAAUGCUCCGGCGUCAAGCCCCGACUUUAUGCCCGAUAUGACAACGGCAAGGAGGUUUCUCUUUCCCUGGCCAACCAGGAAGCUCCCGACAUACACAAAAACCUGGAGGCAGUUGGAAACUAGCAAUAGAACUAAUCUAAAUUGAAGCAAUAAACCAAAGACUAUAUGCACAAAUACGUGUAUAUUAAGUAA